AUGUCGCUGCCUUCCGUUACAGCUCAGAGCUCGCCGACCUCAGAUGUCAAUGCUCCACGGAAGAGGAGGAAACGAGCCUCGGCGCAGGGCGCUGCUGAUGAUUGCUUUACCUGCGCCACGCGGAACCUCGAGUGUGAUCGAGGGAGACCGUACUGUUCCCGAUGUCUCGCAGAUGGGAGAGACUGUUCGGGCUACAAGACCCAGUUGACGUGGGGCAACGGCGUGGCCAGUCGAGGCAAGCUGCGCGGUCUGUCCCUGCCCAUCGCCGGUGCACAGAAGUUGGCCACACCUAACAUGACGGCAAAGCCGAAGAGGAAACUUUCACAGCAGCCACGCACCACGCAGUCUCCGCCCGGCAAACAGCAUCAGACGCCCUCGGGUCAGCAGAAUUCGUGCUCGCCUCCUAUCGUCCAACACGGACGUUCAGCAGCAUUUGCCAAUCCUCCCUUCGGCUCAGCCAACGGUCAGUUUCCCAGCGUUGUACCAUUUAGUACCACAUCCUGGACACAGCCAAUCGCACCAAUAUCGUCCAACCCAGUCGCGACCGUGGCUGAGCCAACGCACCAGUCGUACACCCAGGGACCCUCAAAUCCUCCCCUAUCGUCACCCCUUGGUGGAUUCAAUCGUCGGCCGGGCCGUGACCCAGGUCGGCCUUAUCGGGAGACAGAGCGUUUGCCGCUUACGGCUCACCCAUAUCCUUCUCCGCAGUCGGCCUAUCUUGGGUGUGUCCUUGGCCCUGGCCCAGAAGACACGUCGUCUGCUGUUUAUCCUUCUUUCCCUUCUCCAUAUGGUGAUGUUCUUUCUGGAGAACCCCAGCAUGUGGUUCGUCCAAAAGGUAAUGCGCCAUUGACCCAGUCGCUGCCCCAUCAAACAUUGACCGCCGAAUUUGAAGAAGAUGUGGAAGAAGUUAGACGCGAUCACGCCGAUGCAGGCUUGGCUGAGACCGAGGAUGGCUCUACGUUCGGCCUCGGUAUUGCUCCAUUCAACUACAGUCUGACGCAGUCUCCGCUGCUACGUAUGGGUGCUAUAGGAGCUACGCCCCGAAUGCAGUACCUCAUCAGGUACUACGUCGAGGUAAUCUCUCCGGUGAUAGUUGCAUUCGAUGGGCCCUCAAAUCCAUACAAGACCCAAAUUCUACGACUUGCGUCGAGAAGUGAAACACUCCAGCAUGCCAUAUCUGCCUUGUCCGCCAGCAAUUUGCGUCAACGCAGAGAGACUGGGGCGUUAUCCACAGGUAAAACCGACCCCACGAGGAGAUCUUCAAUGGCACAUUUGACAAUGACGAAUGGACUGUUGGACGACAUGUCGGCAGAGGAACAAGCACGGGAAGAGUCGAUCCACAAGGCAAUCGCUAUUCAGUCAUUGAACAAGCAGCUUGCGGAUCCUCUUCAGCGCAAGGACGAUGCCAUCCUAGCCACGCUCUUGAUCUUGUGUUUGUUUCAUAUCUGCGACUCAGGCAUCGCCAAAUUCCAGACGCAAUUUGCCGGCGUUAAGAAGCUUCUCGGCCUUCGGAGAAAUGACCCGGGCUUGAACACGAAGGAGACUAAAUGGUUCACGAGGAUGUUUACAUGGUUUGACGCAAUGACUGCAACCGUCAACGACCGCGAAGGCCAACUUCGAGGACACCAUGUAGAUGUCUCCGCCAGUCCGGAUGAAGAGUGGGCAUUGGAGAACCUUGCAGGAUGUGAUGGCCAGUUGUUCAAAACCAUUGCCAGACUCGGACGGUUGAAUGUUUUGAGCCAGGGUAAGCCCGUCAAGGAGACGGUUGCUCUUGUCACUCGGCCAUUGCCACCCAUGCCUGCGGAGCUGAAUAUGGAUUACAGCAACUUUGACGGAAAUGGGUUCAUGCAGCUGCUCGAGGAUGAGGAGCUGUACAGGAUCCGGAGCGCGGAUCAGGAUGUUAAAGCUCAAUUUUGGCGUGAAUGGCGAGAGAUUCGUCAAGUACUACAACUGUGGGAGUUCGACUCAACAGCUUUGGGCUCCUCUCGCCCGGACGCUCCGAGCCUAACUGGGGACCAAAGAAUUGACCUUUACAACAUCUCCGAGUCUUUCCGAUACGCCGCCCUGCUCUAUACAGAACGCCUGGCAAAACCGACGGUCUCCAGCACCGAACCUGCCAUUAGGUCUCUGGUGCAGAAGUGCCUAGGAUACAUCAAGGCCGUCAAAUCGGACGUCUAUCUGCUGUGGCCCCUCUUCAUAACGGGUAGUGAAUGCGUGGAUGGUGAAGACCGGGGUGUUAUCCGUCAGAGGUGUUUGGAUAUCCAGAAAGACAGCGGGUUCCUCAAUAACAAGAGCUGCCUCGAGCUCUUAGAAAAGGUCUGGCAACGCAGCGACAAGAAACAAAGACGGUUCAAGGAUCGAGCUGCGUUGAAUAUUGAGAACAACGUUGCAGAAGAUGCUGGGUUGAGAUUCAGGACUGUUAUGAAGCUGGAGGGAAAUCGGGGCGAGUAUAUCGUUGUGUGA